GGGUGUUACCAAAGCGCCACCCUCUGAUGCUCCAUAAAGACUAGCACCCGAAAUGUAUAAAUGCGGAUAUAACGGCUCGUGACGCAGUCAAACGCUGUUUUUACAGGAAUAUAACAGACUAAACGGCAAGAGUACGUUAAUAUACAUUUUUUGCUUUAUAUAGUUAUAUAAAUAUUUUUAAAUUCAAACUAGUCGUUUUCCGUGAUUGUUCGUUUCCUGAUCCCGCGCGCGCUACUGAGCAAGUUAUGCGCGGGCUGAACAUGUCCUAGUCUUCUUCAACAUUGACAACAUGUGGAUGUUCUGUCAUUCACCUACAGUGACUGUUGAACAAUGCAUGUCUGUUCAGUCUGUGUGAUUGCCCAAAGCCAAAGAAACCCUAACAAAGCUAGUAAAAUUACAGGAUAGCAAUAAUACUAUACACUUUACCUCACCAUAAUUUAUUGAUGUUCAGUCAGGGACAGCACAUAGGCUACUCUCAGUAGGUUCAGUUAACCCUCAACUUUAAGGGUUAGGGUUUCAAAGAGAAGUAAUUGUAUACACACAUUGAUACCUCAUUUAAUUUUGCUGCUAGCAAAUAUCACAUUUAUUUUGAUAUACAUUCCCUUAUAUCGUGACAUCAAUCUUUAGAGCAAUCAAUCACGCACAAUGGUUUCGACUACUCUUGCCACCCUUACCCUGGUGGGAACCACACUAGGGAUCACGGCCCAGAUCACUGGUGAACCACUGACAGACUACAUGUGGCUUCUCAUAGUUGGCUUUAUCAUCGCCUUCAUCCUAGCCUUCUCUGUGGGGGCCAAUGACGUGGCCAACUCGUUUGGCACGGCAGUGGGCUCUGGAGUGGUCACCUUGCGGCAGGCCUGCAUCCUGGCCACUAUCUUUGAGACCGUUGGAUCUGUGCUUCUGGGAGCCAAGGUCAGCGAGACCAUCCGCAAGGGCAUCAUCGACGUGGGCAUGUACAACGGCUACGAACAUGUGCUUAUGGCUGGCUCUGUCAGUGCCAUGUUUGGUUCUGCUGUAUGGCAAUUGGUGGCCUCUUUUCUCAAGCUGCCCAUCUCAGGGACCCACUGCAUUGUUGGUGCUACCAUUGGCUUCUCACUGGUGGCCAGAGGUCAACAGGGGGUCAGGUGGCUGGAACUCCUUCGGAUUGUUGCCUCCUGGUUUCUCUCCCCCCUUCUGUCUGGCAUCAUGUCAGGUGUCCUUUUCUACUUUGUUCGUAUGUUCAUCUUGCACAAGAAAGACCCGGUGCCCAAUGGUUUGAAGGCCCUGCCUGUCUUCUAUGCUGUCACAAUGAUGAUCAACCUAUUCUCCAUCAUCUUCACUGGAGCUCCAAUGCUUGGAUUUGACAAGAUCCCAUGGUGGGGCACACUGCUCAUCUCUUUGGCCUGUGGUGUGCUGACCGCCCUGUUGGUCUGGUUUAUAGUCUGCCCACGCCUCAAGAAGAAGAUUGAACGAAAAAUCAAGUCUUCCAGCCCCUCUGAGAGCCCCCUGAUGGAGAAGAGGGAACUGAGGGAGGGGCCUGUACCCUGUACCAUCCUGACGCCUGUCCCUGAGGAGCCCCCUUCACCCCCCUCCCACGCUGACCCAGACACACUCUCCCAACCUCCCCAAGAGGAGCGCAGGGUCACCUUUGGCAUUGGCGAUUCUGAUGAUUGUGACAAGGAGUCUGAGAACGGCAAUGCCAAUGUCCCAAAAGUGCAGUUCAGCAACGGCCCGGCUCACGUCCCCAGCAACGGUUACAGCCAGUACCACACGGUGCACAAGGACUCCGGCCUCUACAAAGACCUGUUACACAAGCUCCACCUUGCCAAGGUGGGCGACUGCAUGGGUGAGGCAGGCGACAGACCCAUCCGCCGCAACAACAGCUACACCUCCUACACCAUGGCCAUCAUCGGCAUGCACGGGGACUUCCGGCCCAAAGAGGGAGAGUUCCACGCCAGUGAGGACAAGGGUACAGAGAAGAAGCGUGUGCGCAUGGACAGCUACACCAGCUACUGCAACGCUGUGGCCGAGCACGGAGCUCCUGAGGGCCUGGGGGAAGCAGAGGUGACUCUGGAGAUGGGAGAGGAGGACGCUGGCAGCAGCCGCAGCUCUCUGGAAGAGGAUGGCCAUGACCAUGACCGCCCAGAGGUCUCAGAGCUCUUCAGGUUCCUCCAGAUCCUCACAGCCUGCUUCGGCUCCUUCGCCCACGGGGGCAACGACGUCAGCAAUGCCAUUGGUCCAUUGGUAGCGCUGUGGCUGGUGUACAAUAGUGGUUCUGUGAACUCCAGUGCCCCCACACCCAUCUGGCUGCUGUUGUACGGAGGUGUUGGCAUCUGCCUCGGGCUCUGGGUGUGGGGUCGCAGGGUUAUCCAGACCAUGGGCAAGGACCUCACCCCAAUCACUCCCUCCAGUGGUUUCAGCAUUGAACUUGCCUCAGCCCUGACCGUUGUGGUUGCCUCCAACAUUGGCCUGCCUGUCUCCACCACCCACUGCAAGGUUGGCUCUGUGGUAGCGGUUGGCUGGCUGCGCUCCAGGAAGGGUGUGGACUGGCGUCUGUUCCGGAACAUCUUCAUGGCCUGGUUUGUGACUGUGCCCAUCUCUGGCCUGAUCAGCGCUGCCAUCAUGGCCCUCUUCACCUAUGUCAUCCUGUAAGCCCAAGGCUUCCUGCACCCCACAACAGGGGAGGAGAAAGAACAAGUGCCCACUCGCACCAGGGGAGAGGAGGGGGAGUGAAAAGGAGAAGUGGUUGGAAGGCAAUUAUAUGCCCCUAACCAACAUACCUAAAGGAAGAAAUACAUGAAGAAAUGUUAAUGGUAAAAAAGGAUGUUGUGAUAUUGGCCUGUGGUUUUUGGCUGUGUCAUUCUCAACCUUAAGUGAUGGUUGUUGGUUCCGCCAGAUUACUUCCAAUGGGACAUUCAUUUUUUCUGACUUGGCUGUAUUUUUUUUGUGCUUUUCAAUGCUCAUGAUCUUGUAAAUAACUAAUCAAAGCAUUUUCUGAUUCUCCACUACUUCCAUUUUUUUAUUGUGUAAUUAUGUACAUACUACCAUGUUCCUGUUUUUUUAAUCUUAUUUUACAAGUUCGUAUGACACAAUUACAAUGCAGUAUUGGCCUUUAUUGAAAGAUCUUUCUCCUGACCUACAUAAUAAAAAUGCUCAAAGUAACCUAGAAUAAGCAGUAUUUUUAGGUUGAAAGUGAAGUUAUUGGGGUGUUCACCACCUUUACAUGCCAUUGUCAAAUGUGUUUGCGUAUCUUUUUGUCACUAAUCAAGUUAAGAAUUGUGUGUGUGGAAUUGUUUUUCCUCAUGUGCAGGGGUGCUUGUUUUCCCCUCGCCCUUUCCUGAUCAGAGUUUGACUGUCACUCAGCCAUUCAGCAGAACCCUAGUCUGUGUAGAAGUACAGGAAACAAUGCGCAAGCCCCUCUGAGCUGAUUGUCUCAACUUGUUACAAUGGUCCCUCAGAUUUUCCUCUAUUUUAGGUAAGUCACUGGCUCAGCAUUAUUCUAAUGCAAUAGAUUGUUUUGUCAGACUACCUAAUUUAACUGAAAUGUGCUCAACAUGAAACCAGACUGAGUAGACCCCUUUUGUUUCUCUACUUACCUAUGCUCUUUGAGCACAGAGCAGGUGUUAUGGUCCUGACCUCACCUAGCUCUUACCACACUGGCUCUUGGGACAAAUUAUAAUUUAUUCAUUGGCAAAAUGGCACAUUUUUCUAAGUAAUGUGUUGUGGUCUGAAACAGUCACACUUUCAUAUCGCUAGUUAUUUUAAAUAAAAUUGUUUUAAUGGCAUUGUAAGAAGUUAAUUGUCACUUUCAAUUGUUUUGAAGCAAGUGAAGGUUAAAACGAUGUAGUACCAUACAUCAGUAUAUAUUCUGAGUCAGCUUUGGCAUUAUUCAUGGUGAUAGCAGACCUCUACUGAACACGAGGUUACCUGAACAAAUAUUCUGGUGGAAUGUUGGUAAAUGCUGAGGGGAAACAUUCAAAUAAAAAGACCAUAUAUUUCCUGUUAAACUUGAUUGCGUCAAACUAGAUGGUGCAAUGUGUUAGUUCUGCUCAAGCCUUCUGUAGUCUAUUUUUGUUUUGCAAUUUAACUUCAGAAUGUUUACUUCCCUGUACUCAUGCUCUGUGGAAUGUACACUUGCAUACACAUUGGGUUACUCUUGCCACCUCCUCUCAGCUAAAUGUUUUUAUAUCUGGUUGAUGAGAUUAGUGAGGUGGCAGGUUGCUACCCUAAACCUGGUGUGGGGACCUUGACCAGAGGCUCUGUUAGAAAAGGGGGGGGGGUGCUGUGAUGCCAUUGAGCAUUGCCGUACUAAAUGCAUUUAGACUUAUAAAUGCUUUAGUUGCCUUUUUUUUUUUUGUAGGCACCAAAGAAAAGACUGGUUUGUUAAGCACAGACCGUCUACUCAGACUGGACGAAGGAAAAUAAAUACAAAUUGAAAGCUA